AUGUCCGACUCACCGCGGGGAGGUCAUACCGACUCCCUCGAUUCUCUUGACACAGCCCCGAACAAGCCGGACAAGAAGAAGAGCCGUCGCCCUGCGAACACGGCCUUUCGACAACAGCGACUCAAAGCCUGGCAGCCAAUUCUUACUCCAAAGACAGUUCUGCCUCUCUUCUUCGCCAUCGGCGUCAUAUUCGCUCCAAUCGGCGGCUUGUUGCUAUAUGCCAGCACUCAGGUGCAAGAGAUUCGCCUCGAUUACACCCACUGCACAGCCGAUGCUCCGGCCUACAACAACGGCAGGGGCUUCGGCUCCAUGCCCAGCAGCGACAUAGAGACUCAGUUCAAAACCUCCAACACGUCGAUUGAUGCGCAAUGGGCCGUCCAAUCAGACGUCGACAUCCCUGUCAACCCGGGCGUCAAGGUGUCUGGACAGCGAUGCUAUUUGAGAUUCAACAUCCCCGAGAGCAUGGGCCCUCCGGUUCUGUUCUACUACCAGCUCACCAACUUUUACCAGAACCAUCGUCGAUACGCCGAUUCGUUUGACGUCAACCAGCUCAAGGGAGACAACAGGUCAUAUGGCGAUAUUCACGGCUCGAAAUGCACCCCUCUGUAUGGUGAGACCAUCGACGGCGUCAAGAAGCCGUACUAUCCGUGCGGACUCAUUGCCAACUCCAUGUUCAACGACUCCUACACCAGCCCCGAGCUGUUGAACCCUCCCGGAGGCCGUGGUAACGAGACGCGAACAUACCUCAUGGCCAACAACACCAACAUCGCCUGGAGCAGCGACCGAGAUUUGUACAACCCAACCACGCAGUCGCUGAGCGAAAUCAUCCCGCCACCCAACUGGCGUCUGCGUUAUCCGGACGGUUAUACCAAGACCAACCCUCCCCCCAACCUCAAGGAGUGGCAGGCGUUCCAAGUCUGGAUGCGUACUGCCGGUUUGCCGACCUUUAGCAAGCUCUACCAGCGCAACGACACCCAAGCGAUGGCUGAGGGACGCUACCAAAUCGUUAUCGAUGAUUUCUUCCCCACAACGGAAUACAGAGGCAAAAAGUCCAUCAUCAUCACUACUCGCACCGUUGUGGGUGGUCGCAACAACUUCCUUGGCAUCGCCUACAUUGUUGUUGCUGGCCUCUGCAUUGUUCUCGGCGUCAUCUUCCUCGCUUCUCAUCUCAUCAAGCCAAGGAAACUCGGUGACCACACUUACCUGUCGUGGAACAACGUCCCCACGUCCAAACCCGGCGGCAACACCGCUGUGGCCUCGGGCCGCGAGAUCCGUCCUGAUGCUUAG